ACAGCCUGAAAACAAAGUUUAGAAGAAGCAAGAAGAGUUGAAGAGAGAGGGGAGAGAGAAGUGGGAAGGAAGUGGCCAUUGAGCUCAGGCUGCUCUGCAACUCUGUCUGUAAGAAGCUCCCUGGCAGCUGAGUGCCAAGGGUGACCUUGCUCAAGGCACUGAGGGGUGCAGCAGGCACAGACCCACAGCUCUGCAGUGUGACAACGUCACCCCGUGCUUUCACCUGUGCUUCCCAGGCUGCUGGAAGAGGUGUGGGUACACACAAACCCCACAUCUCCAGUGGGAAGUGUGUGGGACCUGGGGAACCCCUGCAUCCACCAAGGGGAUGUGCUCUUGCAGCUGCACUUCCUGGGUGCUGGUGGGAGGCUGGAGGUUGCACAAGUCUUGUGAAUGUGUUUUUAGGUGGGCUGAGAGCUUCUGAACAUUAGUGACACAAAGAUGUUUAGAAAUGUAGAGUCUGACCCUGCCUGCAGCCUGCUGUGCACAAAAUGACAGAAUCAGAGCAUCUCUUCUACUCUGAGCUUCGGUUUGUCCUCACUUGUAAGCAGAUCUGUGCCCUGAUCUUCUGAUGCUUCAGCUGAAGUGCCUGUGCUAUUGCCAUGAGCUCUCUCAGUGCUGUGACACUGCAUCCAUGCACUCCUCUCCACACGGAGAAAGAACCAUCUGAUGGAACAAGAGCAAAGGCUGCAUUCCCAUCUCUGUUCCACCUAUGUCUGCAGCUUUUGCAGUCACUAGCAAGACUUCUCAAUCUGUCAUGAACACAGACUCUGGCGCUUCCUAGUGCUCCUUCUGCCCCACAGUGCCAGGUCACAUUGAACCCCUUUGCUCAAAGCCCCGGCCUCUCUUCCAGUGGAAUUCAGUCAAAACAGUGUUGCCAAGUUCUCUGUUCUGCUCUGGAGUUCCGGGCUCAGGAUGCACAUGGGCACUGCCCAUGUCUGAGUCACAGCAGGAAAGAGCAGGCACCAGAGAGGGAAGGCCAUGGAUGACCUGGGAAACUGCCUGAGGCUGUGCAAAGGCAGACUGAGCUGCAGUGAUGCUCCCUUUCAUCUGUUCAUUUGCUUUGGCCCAUCACAUUAGAGCCACCAGCGUGGGAGGUGGCCUGUGCAGGAGGAAGGCUGUGUUUGUGGCCACACUGCUAACGGGGACCCUUGGAGAAGAGUGAUCCUCUUGCAGAGAUGAUGAAUGACCAAGGGAGAGUCAGUCCUGGAAGUGCAGCCCCAGCAGAAGAGAGGAGCUGCUCCUGGCUGAACAUCUGGCUCUUCCUCCUUUUUGCCCUUGCAAUCAAAGCUGCCUUGGUCACCAUCUGCCUUGUGGUUCUCUUCUGCCACAGCAGUGACCAGCCCAGCGCCCUGCAGCAGCAGUUCUCAGAGUGGAAAUGCGACUCAGAGGUGCCACAAGGCACAGACCGAGGCUGGACGUGCUGCCCGACAGGCUGGAGCAGGUUUCAAAGAAGCUGCUAUUUCCUGUCCCCUGACACGAUGUCAUGGCCUGAGAGUGAGCAGAACUGCACUGGGAUGGGCUCCCAGCUGGUGGUGAUCAACAGCAAGGAAGAGCAGGUUUUCCUCUCUGAGCAGAUAAGACAAUCUAAAGAACCUAAACCAGACAAUUUCUACAUUGGUCUGUUUGCUGAGAAGGUGGGCCAGUGGCAGUGGGUGGACAAGACUCCAUAUAGUGUGACAGCAGCGUUCUGGCGAAAAGGAGAACCAAGUGAAGGCAUUGACGAGAAUUGCGUUAUAAUCCAUAGGGAUACCGAACUACCCAAGAAUUGGAAUAAUGUCAGAUGUCUGAGGUAUCAUCGAAUUUGUGAAGCUGCAGCAGUAACUGUGUGAUGGAAAUACCUCUGUCCUGAGUAAAGCUGGGAGCUGAGCAGUGAGCUGGGAACAGCGCUGGCUGUGCUGGGAGGGCUGGAGAGCUCUGACACAUUUUCACUGUGCAGGGUGGGACCAUGUGUGUGGAAGUGAAAUGAGCUUUGCCCAGCAUCCCCAGUGCAUGUGGUGGCUCAGGGAACACAGGAAGGCUCAGGCUCAUUGAAGCAGCUCCUGUGUUCCUGUGUCCUCUUCUCUCUGAGUGGAUCCAGGAGCCUCUGGCUGAAAAAGAGAUGGACUUCUCCAGGAGGAAGACACAGGAAUGGAAGACACAUACCCAGAGAUUCAAUGUCCUUUGUCUCCUUGAGCAGAGCUCUUUGCUUUUUGUUGAGUCACACACAAAAUGUCCCCUAGCUGUACUGGUUUUGCUGAACAAGUUCUGAAAACUUAGACAGGAGAAAAAUACAACAUUGCACCGAUGGUGAAAGGCUCUGUGCCAUGUCUCUGUAUCUCUUUUUCCCCCAUAUCUAAGCUGGAGAGGUAUAGUCCUAGAAUCAUGGAGUGGUUUGGUUUGUAUGGGACCUUUAAGGAUCAUCUGUUUUCAACCUCUAGUUCUUGAGCAGGGACCCCUUCCACUAGACCAGGUUGCACAAGGCCCCAUCCAGCCUGGCCUUGAACACUUCCAGGCAUGGGCUAUGCACAGUUUCUCUGGGCAACCUGUGCCAGUGUCUCACAAACAGAGAGAAUUUAUUCCUAAUGCCUGCUCUAAA